AUGGCUUGCCGGAGCGGUUGCGGCUGCGGCAUCGGUCCACUGAAUGAAGACAACGCUCGGUUCCUGAUGUUAGCGUUGUUCAUCAUCCUCUACCUCCUUUGCGGGGCCGCUGUCUUCUCAGCUCUGGAGCAGCCCAAAGAGCGGGAGGCGAAAGAACGAUGGGAGCAAAGGUUUGAACAUUUCAGUCAAACCUACAACCUGAGUAAGAAAGAGUUGAACAACUUCCUCAAGAACUACGAGGAAGCGAAUAUGGCCGGCAUUCGUGUGGACGCUAUCCGACCUCGUUGGGACUUCCCCGGGGCGUUUUACUUCGUGGGGACCGUUGUUUCAACCAUUGGCUUCGGGAUGACCACGCCAGCAACCAUCGGGGGCAAAGUUUUCCUGAUCUUCUACGGCCUUGUCGGCUGUGCCUCCACCAUCCUCUUCUUCAACCUCUUCCUGGAACGUGUCAUCACCGUCAUCGCCUACGUCCUCAAGUUCUGCCACCAGCGGCGCCGGCGCAUUGCCGUGCUCCCCCCCAGGAGCCGGCGACUCUCCGAGGGCUGCGGAGGCGGCCGGGGCGAAGGCCUAGCGGGCUGGAAGCCCUCGGUCUACUGCGUGAUGCUGAUCCUGGGCGCGGCGGCCAUCUUGGUCUCCUGCUGCGCUUCGGCCAUGUACUCAGCGGUGGAGGGCUGGGGCUACCUGGACUCGCUCUACUUCUGCUUUGUGGCCUUCAGCACCAUCGGUUUUGGGGAUAUGGUGAGCAGCCAGAAGGCUGUGUACGAGGGCUCGUCUAUCGCCUAUCACCUGGGGAACUUCCUGUUCAUCCUGACGGGAGUGUGCUGCAUCUACUCACUCUUCAACGUCAUCUCCAUUGUCAUCAAGCAGGUGCUCAACUGGCUGCUGAGGAGGCUGGAGGCACCCUGCAGUUACUGUCCGGGGAGGGGGGAGGGGGGGCAGAAACAACAGCGGAACCACCGCAGGAACGUGGUGGGGCCCGGGCACCCGCGCAUGAACCGGGAUCUCUCCAUUGAGACGGACGCGGUGAACGAGAGCGAGGCGGACGGGAGGAGGAUGUCUGGGGAGAUGAUCUCCAUGAGGGAUUUCCUGGCAGCCAACAAGGUGAACCUAGCCAUCAUGCAGAAGCAGCUAUCAGAGAUGGCUAAUGGGCAUCCUCGUCAACCAGGCUCCUGCUCCCGCCAUAAUGGCUUCUCUGGCGGCGUGGGUGCACUGGGCAUCAUGAACAAUCGCCUGGCCGAGACCAGUGUGGACAGAUAG